GUGUUUGCGAAUCUCGAGCCGCUCACAGAUGGCACCAUUGUAGCGCCCAAGCCAGACAUCUACUAUGGCGCGUACCCCGAUCAGCUGGCUCGAUCUGCCCGCAACGAGCUCGCUGGCCACGUCGUCCCGUCAAUCAUGGAGGACAGGCCGAUGGUGCCUAACGCCUUCUUGGAAGUCAAAGGACCGAAUGACACACCAGCAGAAGCAGCGCGACAAGCUCGCUACCACGGAGCAGUUGGGUCUCGCGGCAUCCAUAGUCUACAAAACUACGGGGCGGAGGAGCCAGAAUAUGAUGGCAAGGCCUAUACCUUCAGCUCAAUAUACUACGGUGGCGCACUCAAGUUGCUCGCCCAUCAUGUCACGGCGCCGACGACCGAGGGAGGGCGGCCUGAGUAUCAUAUGACUCAGGUAAACGCUUAUGCUGUGACCAGUGAUCUUGACACAUUCGUCAAGGGGGCUGGGGCGCUCAGGAAUAUGCUGGAUUUUGCUGAACAGCGCCGAGACGACUUUGUCCGGGCCGCAAAUGCCAGAGCGUCUCAACUGGAGACAGUUGCCAGCCAAGAACGCACCACAGCCGAGAUACAGCCUCCAGAAGACUCAGCUGAU